GGGCUAACCAUGGCGGAGGGCGGGGAGAAGGAGGAGUUCUGCUUCACAGCGAUCUAUAUAAGUGGCCAGUGGCGAGAGCCGAGCGUUUGCGCUGACCUUCAGAAAGCUGAGCCUACUGCCAUGGCGCCUUCCAGGAAGUUCUUCGUGGGGGGCAACUGGAAGAUGAACGGGAGGAAGAAGUGCCUGGGCGAGCUCAUCUGCACCCUGAACGCAGCCUGCCUGCCGGCAGACACCGAGGUGGUUUGUGCACCGCCAACCGCUUACAUAGACUUCGCCAGGCAGAAGCUGGAUCCCAAAAUUGCUGUGGCUGCACAGAACUGCUACAAAGUGACCAAUGGGGCCUUCACUGGAGAAGUCAGCCCUGGCAUGAUCAAAGACUUAGGAGCCACCUGGGUUGUGUUGGGGCACUCGGAAAGAAGGCAUGUGUUCGGGGAAUCAGACGAGUUGAUUGGGCAGAAAGUGAACCAUGCCCUCUCUGAGGGACUUGGAGUGAUCGCCUGCAUUGGGGAGAAGCUAGACGAGAGGGAAGCCGGCAUCACUGAGAAGGUUGUUUUCGAGCAAACCAAGGUCAUCGCAGAUAAUGUGAAGGACUGGAACAAGGUGGUCCUGGCCUAUGAACCUGUAUGGGCCAUUGGGACUGGCAAGACUGCAACCCCUCAGCAGGCCCAGGAAGUUCACGAGAAGCUCCGGGGAUGGCUGAAAUCCAAUGUCUCUGAUGGAGUGGCUCAGUGCACCCGGAUCAUUUACGGAGGUUCCGUGACUGGAGCAAACUGCAAAGAUCUGGCCUGCCAGCCAGAUGUGGAUGGCUUCCUCGUGGGCGGUGCGUCUCUCAAGCCGGAAUUUGUGGACAUCAUCAACGCCAAGCAAUGAGCGCUGCCCAGCCCUCCGCCUGCCUGCAUAGCAUGGACUAGGUUGCCCAGAAGUUUAGUAACUGCUCCCUCCAGUCACAUGCUUCUGAUGACAUCAUCACCAUCUGCCCCAUCAUGUGACCUAAUCCACGCCGUACCUUCCUGAGCCUUUUACACCUCCCAUAAGAGCUGGGACCAGGCCAAUCCCCUUACCACUUACAAUGGGUACAAUCAAAUGUGUCACCAAGGUGGCUUCCUGGGGAGUGGGAGGAGAAGAACUGUCCCUUUAGGCCCUAACAAGUGAAAUCGCCUUCCAUUGGUUUGGGGUGGAAACUCAGUGGUUGGAGCACAGGAAGUAGACUCCAUGUCACUUUGGCCUGUCACUUAGAUGGCCUGGGCUCCAGCUUCACUCCCAAGCCCUACUGGAUGUCUGAUGCAGAAACUCAGAAUUUCAGUAUACACGAAGGCUAAGAUCCUCUUCCACUGGGAGGCCUGGAACACUCCCCUCCCCCACAGUGCCGAACCCUUGUAUUGUGUUUGUGAACCAUCCUACACGUAAGGGAAAUAAACACCUGGGCCUAA